UCCAUAACCGAGACGAAGCGGGCAGAAAAUGUUAGAAAGGGUUAGCGGAUAAUGGCAUCGGGAAAUAAACACCCUUUGUCCUAACGGGAGAACACACAUCUAAUUUUUACCGAUACGGGAAAAGGGAGCUGCUUAUUAUCGCUUUGAUGAAAGAGAAUUGACCAGAUCACUGUGACUUAAGUCUUCAACAGAGAAUAAUAGUUCACAUACAAGGAACCAAACUACUAACCUACAAAAGCAAAAAUGAGCUCUCACAAUUCAGAGGUGUACACGGUCACACCGGAGAUGCCGGCCAUGUUUGACGGCAUGAAGUUGGCAGCUGUAGCCACAGUGCUCUACAUCAUUGUCCGGUGCCUAAAUUUGAAAAGUCCCACAGCUCCUCCAGAUCUCACAUACCAGGAUACAGCACUCAACCACUUCCUGCUCAAGUCAUGUCCUAUCCUGACCAAAGAGUACAUUCCUCCUCUGCUAUGGGGUAAAAGUGGUCAUCUUCAGACGGCCCUCUAUGGAAAGUUGGGUCGUGUUAGUUCUCCACACCCGUAUGGCCUGCGCAAAUAUCUGCCCAUGCAGGACGGAGCCACAGCAACUUUUGACCUCUUUGAACCCCUGGCGGAUCAUCAAACUGGAGAGGAUGUCACCAUGGUUAUUUGUCCUGGCAUUGGGAACCACAGUGAGAAGCACUAUAUCCGUACGUUUGUGGAUCAUUCGCAGAAACAGGGCUACCGCUGUGCUGUGCUCAAUCACCUUGGGGCCUUGCCUAACAUUGAGCUCACCUCGCCACGCAUGUUCACCUACGGCUGUACAUGGGAGUUUGCAGCAAUGGUGGGGUUCAUAAAGAAGGCUUUUCCUCAGACAAAACUUAUUGUUGUGGGCUUCAGUCUGGGGGGAAAUAUUGUGUGCAAGUUCCUGGGAGAGAACUGCACCAACCAGGAGCGGGUUUUGUGCUGUGUGAGCGUGUGCCAGGGUUACAGUGCACUAAGGGCCCAGGAGACGUUUCUGCAGUGGGACCAGUGCCGUCGCUUCUAUAACUUCCUUAUGGCCGACAACAUGAAGAAGAUAAUUUUGUCUCACAGAAGCGUUUUAUUCGGCAUGGGCUCAACUAAGAUGGUGGACGCAGAUUUGAGUCGUCUCUACACUGCCACGUCUCUCAUGCAGAUCGAUGACAACAUCAUGAGAAAAUUCCAUGGACACGACUCUCUGAAAGAGUACUAUGAGAAGGAGAGCUGUGUUCAUUACAUUCAUAAUAUAAAUGUGCCUCUGCUGCUGGUGAACUCUGGUGAUGAUCCUCUUGUACACAACACUUUGCUCACCAUUCCUCGUACACUUGCAGAAAAGAAAGCAAAUGUGGUCUUUGCACUAACACUGCACGGUGGGCACCUGGGUUUCUUCGAGGGUGCUGUACUGUUCCCUCAGCCCCUCACGUGGAUGGACAAGGUCAUUGUGGGUUACGCCAACACCAUCUGCCAGUGGGAGAAACAGAAACCACCAUGCCAAAGUCAAGGCGCUCAUUCCAGUGAAACCAAAUGCCAAGAGAGUAAAACAUAACCACCCUCUUCAGCAGUUCACCACCACAGAUCAUUUGCCCCCACGCACAUGAUGGAUCAUGCCGCCAUCUUCAAGCAUUCACUGUCAGUGGGGGAAAAGUCGGUUUCUAUUUAUAACAGUUCAUCGACAGCCUGAAUCGCAACUACUUAAACAUUUCCGAGUGAGAGAACGGAACCAAAAACAAUGACCAAAAACAAUCAAAUGUUGUUUGUAGCGAGGACGCUGUUUUAGAUUUACUGUAAUUUGUAGUAACAUAUAAUGUAGAUAUCUCUUGCACUCUAAUUAGGAAACAUUGAAAACUGGUUAAUUUUUACCACUGCAAUAGUUGUUAAUUAAUGUCUCAAUUCCUCCAAAUUCUUCUUGUAAUUCUCAUUCUUAUCAGGGGUGAUUCUCCUGACAUUCUUAAUACUUUUUUAUUGUUACUUAAAUCAGCAUAAAUUAAAGACAGUACCAAAAAAGGCAACCAUGGUUUUAAGAAUAGGCCUCAUUUUCUCUACACAAAAUACAUUUUCUCAUGUACGUCUUUUGAUUUGAGGUUUUAGAGUUUCACCCAGCCAGUUUAGUAAUAGUCUACAUCACUGUACAUAACACACGAUUCUAUGGAAAGCGACUGUUAAGCAGGCACUGUGUGCUUAUGUACAUGACAGGCACACCGUUUGUGCUCAUACUGUGAUAUUUGGUAUCGAACUUCUGCUUUUGGUCUGGUAACUAUUUAGCACAGGCUAGCUUUCAUAUACUCAUACUCUUAUAAAGUCAUUUAGAACUAGACUUUCUCAAGUAUACCACAUAAGACAUGAUAAAAUUCAUUGCAGGUUUAAUCCAAAAACAUUCCUAGGCAUUUUGUUAUAGCACUUUCAUGUAACAUUUUCCAUUUUGUUUAUAGACUCGCUGGCCAUUGAAAUUGGAAAAACGAGAGGGAGAGAAGAGAGCUCGAUUGAAUGAUCCCACCUUAUCAGUAAAUGUUUAUUUUGUAGCUUGUGGUGCGUUCCACAAGCAUUACCACCCAGUUUUAGAUAACGAAACUUUAACGGAAGUAAUUUGCUAACAGUCAAAAGAAAACCACCAGACAUUGUUGGUGCAGAUUUGACUUUGAGGAAGUACAUUGGAAUUGAUAGAACUAGAUUGUAUAAAGUGUUGAUGUGGGAGACAACGGUGCAUUUACUAGGUGCAUGUCUGUGAAAAUUGGCUACUAUAUUGUUUGUUGCUUGGUCAUUUUCAGUUUUGUGCAAGUAACUUUGAUUUUUCUAUUUUUCUUUUCUGUUGUGGUUUGAAUGGAAGCAAUCUUCAAAUACAGAGGGAAGGAAAUAUAAAAUGAAUAUUUGAAUUUGAAGGGAAGAUUCAAAGGUUACUGGAAACCCUACGUAAUAUUUUGUGAAACAUUUAGGCAUUUCUUAAUAUAUGUAAUGGCCUUCACGGUCUUCAUAAAAGAGAAAGUGUCAACUGAAGUUUCAGUGUUGUAAGUUUCAAAACCAAAGAUGCCCUCUACAGGUAAUUGUAUUUUCAUGUUUACCAAACUCUCAAUGCAUACUGUUGCUGGAACCAGACAUGGUGAGAUCAGGCUCAUUAGAGCUUUUAAAGUCCAAUGCAGAUAUUCAGUAUUAAUUGGUUAAGAGAGAUAGUUUACCUCCCCUCUGUAAGUUAAAUGUGUCUUUCACCAUUUAUUACUUCAGCAAAAGUUUCUUUUGUCUGAAUUGAGUCAAUUUGUUCUUGUCUUGAUUUUUUUUUUGAAUGGUGAAGUUGUGUUAUUGUAAGCAUAAAUGCAAAAGCUUCUGACUGGGUGUCAGUGCUUGGCUGUUUCCGGGGAUCGGAUCCAUUUGGCCUUUAACACAAGCACAAAUUCGAUCUCUGCUGUAAAUCGAUCCAGUUUGCCUUUCAGAUUGUCUCUCACUUAAUUUUGCACAGAAAAAAACAGGCUUUAAACAUCCUCAACAAAAGUUAACCAAACUUUGUUUGUUCUUGUUUAUUUGUUUGGUUUGUAUUUUAAUUUCAUUGUUAUUUUUAUUCUCAAUCGUAUGUACAGAAGUAUGAUUGUAUGUUGAAUGUACGCUGAGUGUUUGCAUCAUAUCACCGCUUCCAGUUAUGAAAACUAAAAACACACAUUUGUAUUGGUAAAGAGCAAAGAUUACGUGUUUAAAUGAUGUGCAGAAACUAUAAUAUAUUUACGGUUUAUGUGAUCGAGAUGUUAAUUUGUUUGUUGAUCAUCAAUAAUGCGUUGAAUUUAAUUCUCCUUUUCUCCAAGCCAAACUGAGAUGACUUGAUCAUACAAGAAAAUAGUGUCAAAUGGAGUAUAGAGAAAAUGUUUUUAUGCUGCAGUCACAAGUGGAAUUAGAAAUAAUUUUUAGAAAAAAGUACCCUAAUCUAUAGUAUCAUAUGUGACAAAUGUUGGAGGUGAUAUGUAACCUCUGUAUGAAAAAUAAAAGCAGAUGUUGUAAAAGGAAAGUGAAGGGUCAUAUGAAAAGUAUUUUGUCUAUUUGCAGAAUUCGGGCUUUUAAGAUUAGAUUCACACUGCCAAUGCCACUUUAAUUUCACUUUUAAGGGAUUAAUUCACAAAAUAUGAUCCUACAAUUCUGACCCACUUUGUUUUUAAUGGGUGAUUUUUUUUUUUUUUUUUUUUUUAAUAUGUCAUCUUCACAACCUCAAAAAUCCAUGCAGCAUAACAUCUAAAUCACGGGUGUGUUUUUGGAAAACCAAUGGUGUGUGAUUGCAUAACUUAUUAUAAAAAAGAAUGGUUAUUGUGUU